GCUAUGAAAAACUGAGAGACUCAGGAGGCUGUUAGUCAGUAGGAACAGGAAAAACGGAUGACAGGAGGACACAGAGAUAAAGAGAGGCAGUGGAGGAAAAGAACUGACACGUGUGUGAAAGAACAGCAGGUGGAUUGGACAGGAACCUGGAUUACACACAGGGAUCUUUUUAAAUUCUGUUUUAUUUGAAGGAAGUUCCUUUAUCCUUUGCUGCUGACCAGGACCUGUGCAGGAGGACAAAAAGGAUGGGGUGUGUGGUCAUGCUUUUUUUUCUUACUGUGGGCCACAAACUGGGUCAACACCUGAGAAGGAGCUGAAAGGAGCAGCAGAGACUGAGGCCGUUUUGUCCUUCUGAAAGAGGACAGAGAGACUGAACUGACAGAGGGGAAGCUGAAUUACAAAGAAUAAUCCCUUACUGAAAUCAGGCACAGCUGAUUGCUCCAGAUUGCUGCGUCUGUUUUUUCUUUCCACUGUGUACGUACAGUUCAAAUUUUAGACCAUUUUGAAUUCUAUUUUGUAAACAUGGGUGAGGUAAACAGGCUGUGACGUGCUUUCUUACCUUUGCACAGCACCAUUAACAUCUUCACAAACAAACUUUCCGUACCUUAAACUGGUUUUACAGGCUACAUUUGGACUAACUACAGUCACGCUGCUGCAGGAAAUCUAGCCUGACCAGCUGUAGCUUUGACUGGAAGGAAAACUGUUUCUUUUUUAGAUGAAACCUCUCAACUGAAAUGCAUUUUGGGACCAGUGGUCUUUCCUAUGACACGGCCUUUACUCAAGCGUAAAGAUACCCAAGCAUCUUUAGGCCUCAAACAGUCCAAGUGAUCUACAGUUGUCCACAGACUCCACUGUACCUCCACCAUGCAGGCCCCAGGACCUGAGCAUGAUGACUCUUUUGAUUUCCUGUUCAAGAUCAUCCUGAUCGGGGACUCAAACGUGGGGAAGACCUGCGUGGUUCAGAAUUUCAAGUCAGGGAUUUUCUCAGAGAGGCAGCAGAACACCAUCGGGGUGGACUUCACUGUGCGGACGGUGGACAUCGAGGGGAAGAAAGUUAAGAUGCAGGUGUGGGACACAGCAGGUCAGGAGAGGUUUCGCACGAUCACCCAGAGCUACUAUCGCAGCGCUCACGGUGCCAUCAUCGCCUAUGACAUCACACGACGCCCGACCUUUGACUCAGUGACUCACUGGAUCAAAGAGGUGGAGCUCUACGGAGCGAGCAAUGUAGUGCUGGUUCUUAUAGGUAACAAAUGUGACCUGGAGCAGGAACGUCAGGUUCUGUUUGAGGAAGCCUGCAAUCUGGCAAAGGAGAAAGACAUACUAGCUGCUCUAGAAACAUCUGCAAAGGAGAGUCAGAAUGUAGAAGAAGCCUUCCUCAUGAUGGCCAAAGAGCUGCUGUCCCGUAACGGCCUCAAUGUCCAGCCGGAGGACUCUGACAGCAGCAACACACCUCGAAUUCUCCUUCGGUCCAACUCUCGGCCAGUUAACGGUGCGGUAUCUGCCUACACACCACCAGAGAAGAAGACAUGUUGCUGAUUCGAACGUGGAUCUGACAGGGAAGAGAGUGAAGGACACUUUUUAUUGGGAAUGUUGGAGAAGAGGAAUGGAAGAAGAUCCAGAGAUGCACAAGGCCUCAAGAACCAAGAAUCUUUGUAUGGAGGAAGUUUGGGAUAUUUAUAGUAUUGAGAAAUGAAUUCAGUGAAGGCCACUUGUCUGUGACUUACCUGGCCUGAGAGAACAUGGACUGUUUCUUCUCCUCCAAGUCAUGUAAUAUUAUCAGCACGAAAUGCUGUUUGACUGUUACUAUUCCAUGUUUUUAAGUUUGCACUACCAAAAGUAAUCAAAUUUUGAAUGUAAUCACUAAAGCAUCAAUGUGGGGGUUAAUAGCCAUGAAAUCUAAGCAUUCUAAAUAUCCUGAAACCCUGCUGGCCUCAGCAUACCUGCCAACCUUGAGACAAAACCGAAGUAGGGGAUUGGGGAUCCUCCAACAAAAAAAAAAAAUCUGCUGACUCAAAGAACAAAAAUAAGUACACUGCAACAGCAUUUUUAUGUUAAAUACUUUUAAUUGUACUUUCAAUUCUCAGGAAAGAAUACAGAAUAAUCGCCCCUCUGCUGUGAAUCUCUGGUCCAAACGGAACUGUUGAACUGUAUGAUCAUGUGCUUGAUAGAAAAAGCAUUGCAGUAAAUGGGAAUUCUUCUGUCCUGGAUGUCUGAAAUUGCUUGAGUAUUAACACUCUCCAUUUCUCUCUCCAUCUCUCACUCACUGAGGACGACGAGGCGUACUCCUGUGUCAUGCGUAUGCCAGGAAACAACAUUUGGUGUAGGUGUAUUGUUGUCUGAGUGGACAGAGUAGACUUUUAGAGUCCUAGGCAGUGAUGUAGUGGUAGUUGAUUAGGUGGGUGUACCUCUUGGUAGAUGGGUCGGUUACCAAGGAGGAAGUGGGUAUACUCUGCUCUAUAUUUCAAUGGCUUUUUGGCUGAUGGAAAGGUGUACUGUAAAUGGUAAGAAACCUGCGUAUACCCUCCACUACAUCACUGGUCCUCAAGCUUAUACACACUGUACAGUGGCAGAAACAUGAAAAAGGACAAAAAGGUGUGAAAAUGUCUCAUAAAUCGGGAGAAAUAUGGGAAAAUCUUGACCCUUGGAGGUAAAGGGGAGAGGGCAAGGAAAAACGUGAGUCUCCCGAUUAAAUCGGGAGGGUUGGCAAGUAUGGGUUCAGCCCAUUAUCCUGAACACAACAUUCUUUGUGUUGUAUUUUGUCUUCAUGCUUCCCCCUGCUGGUUAAACUUAUGAAAUUCUGCGAAUGACAUUAGAUGUUAUUGUAGUACAUCAGACUCUGAGUAUUUCACGCAGUGACCUCCAUAUUGUGGUGCCACUAUGACGAGCUGUGAUCCUCUGCUGCUGCACUCUGGAUGAAAUCAUCCUGGAGAACCUGCUGCAAGCCAAAAGACUGUGAAUUAUAAAUAAAUACUUGCAGGACUACACUAUCAAAGUUGUCCAUGUGAGUGUGUGUUUUGUCAUCCUGUGGACCACUUCAAUGUGAACACUAGAGGGCACUGUGCUGUUACACAUCGCCUAAAGCUGCAGGUUGGCUGCUCUUUGCCUCAGACAAUAAAUACCAAGGUGAUUUAAAACAUAUGUGACUGUGCUAAGAAACAAUUAACUACGUUUACAUGCAACCCAGUAAACAGGAAAAAUCACCUUUAAGGACGACUUCUGCCAAAAUCACUUCCUGCCAACGCAACAGUCAAGCUGAAGUAACUGAACUGACGAGGCUCACAUCCAGGGUAUAAGCUGUCUAAUGCCAAGUUGGCAGACCUUAUUCAAACACCAAUCUGGAAGUCAUGUAGCAGGACUUGCACUGAUUGUUAAUUUCUUACACUGAUGCAGUUAAUCUGCCUUAAUGUUCACUGAUUAAGUUACAAGUGGAACAGCUGUGGAAACAAUCCAGGUGUGGACUUGUCCUAUAAUCCAAAAUAAAAAAAAUCUGCUCCAUAUGACAAACAAUACAUGAUCAAUCUAUCACUAUAAAAUCAUUUUAAUCAUCCUCAGUGACCUACUUAUUUUAGUGACAAAAAGUUCUGCUAAAAUGUAAUCUGGUCUGUGUUUUAUACCUUCACUGACACUGAUUGAUUAAUUAUCCUGUUUUUAAGUGACAUUAAGGCCCAAAAUAUGACCAUAGCAUGGAAUGAGAAUCUGCAUGAUAAGAUUUCAAGUUUCAAAAAGAAGGAGGUUGGCUGUUGUGUGUUCAGCACACUUGGUGGCAUUAGCUGACAAUCAGUGAAGACUGCUUCCUGCCAUGGGCUUCCAACAAAAUUAAAUCACACUAAUAGACAUCAGUUUUGUGGGUGUGUGUAUUACCAUGUGUCUGCUGAAAAGUAACAUGUGGGCAUUUUCUGGAGAAGGCUAAGUUACUUGAUUUGGUGUCAAAAUGCAUCAUUGUCACAUUUAAGCUCUGUUAUCAGGCCAUUUUUAGAAUUUAGCACGUUUAGCGAUAAUUAUUAGUCAUGCUUAGGGCUAGGCAUUGGUAGGCCUUCCUCUGAAAUAACCCAGUACCAAGCAGUAUCAAAAUGUGUUUGACAAAAUGUCAAACAAUUUCUGCAUUUGAUACUUUUUGCACCGGGAUCUGAUCCUCUCCCAGCCAGGUCAGUUCAACGUCAGCCCUGUUAGCAUUAGCUAACAGUACAGCAGUGGCUAACUAUGACACUGACCUAUUUAACGGUCCCAACAAAGUCACACCAACACCAAAACAGUUUGACUCGAUUGUUAAACCAUUAAUAACCGUUAGGUAGCAUUAGGGGCUGUACACAUGCCGCGUCUUUAACCACCUGGAAAACGCGAGGUCGGGCACUGAGUGUAACUUUUGUACCUUUUUUGCAUUCAAGAGUGCAGCGCCAGGGUGCUGAGGUUGCUAAGCAACUUUAACAAGUGCUGUAUCAAAGCCUAUUUACCUGAAAUCCUGAGUGCUGAGUUGAUCUUCUUCCAGGUGCUGUUUAUAAGUGUAUGGGCCUAUCGACCGUGGGACAGAUGAAAAGCUUUGGCGGCCCUGCACUAAAAUGAUAAACUUUUCCAUAUUUACCACAGACUGAUAUUUACAGAAGAAGGGAAAGAUAUCUGUCAGUUGCGAUUGGUUGUUCCUCAUCACAUGACAUGCAGCGCACAUUGCUGUGUUCCAAAAGGUGAACUCGGUUUAUCUCAGAGCGCAGCGGUCGCGGCCUGAAAAAAGGGCACUUGGGAACGCAUGUGUGCUCUGGCAUUUGAGCGUGCCUGCCGUGCGUCUGCAUUAAAAACAAUGAAAUUGAGGGCGCAAAAAAUGCAGCAUGUGUGCGGCUCCUUAGCCGUUCACUGCAAAAAGUUAGUCCUGUCACUGUGUGUUUGUGGCUGGUGGGACUCUCAACAACUGUCCCCAGUGCAGAGCUCACACUCCUGCAGCAGCAAGUCUGUAGUGUGGUGAAGUUAAGUUUAAGUUUAGUGUAUUUGAUGGAGCUGGGGUUCAGUGUGCUGAGGUGCCAUUAAAUGUUUGAAAUUAUGGCUAACCAACCAUUCAUAUAAUAGGUAUCAAAUGAAGUACUCUAUUGGUAUCAGUAUCAUUUUAAGGGUACUGGUAUUGGUCCUGGUAUCGUAAUUUUUUUAAACGAUACCCAGCCCAGG